UCUUUAUACCACCCAAGCCCGACCUCCACGUUCGACUCAUAACACAACGAUGUCGCCACAGAUAAUUCUGUAUGAUGUCCCUACCCGAAACGGUGUUUCAUGGUCGCUGAACCCUUGGAAAACCCGUAUGGUAUUGAACUACAAGGGCAUCGACUACAGAACCGAGUGGCUUGAGUUCCCAGAUCUUGGAUCUAGACUGAAAUCCUUCGGCAUCCCCCCGAACUCCAAAGAGGCCCCAGAAUACUUUAGGGACUACACCAUCCCGGCGAUCAAAUACACCAAUGGAACCUACGCGAUGGACUCCUGGUCCAUAGCUCAAGACCUCGAAGUCCAGGUCUCAAGCGCAUCUCUCCAUCUCGACAACCCGAUUGUUGAGCGAAUCCGUGAUCAUGCUGGCAAGAUGAUGGAGACGUUGGUGGUGCACUUCGUUCCCAAGAUUCCGAGUGUGUUAAAUGGACCGUCAGCGGAGUACAUCGACAGAGCACGGGAACAAGAUUUUGGCGCACCCUUAAAGGAAGUGGAAAGGGAGUAUGCGACGGAGGAGUGUUGGGAAAAGGCGAAGAAGCCGGCUACAGAGGCUGGCGAUUGGUUGAGGAAGAACGGAGGGCCGUUUUUUCUAGGGGAGACGGUAUCGUAUGCUGACUUCAUCUUCGUCUCGAUGCUACACUUUUUCAAGCGGCUCGACGAAGGUAUCUUUGAGAGGUAUCUAGCACUCGAUCCAACCUUUCCGAGGGUGUAUGAGGCGUGCAAGCAGUGGCUGCAGAAGGAAGACUAGCGGAUGGCCUGUUCGAAGUGAUCUGUACAGGCACGAUCACUUCUGGAAGUAACCAACAUCCAUUGAAUCACAUGUCCU